CGCACAGUCGCACUCGAAAUGGACCUCUGUGUGUUUAUCCAACGACAUUCAUUGCUGGGAGCAGCCGUCAAUCAGCGUGGCAGGGCUCUCAUUUUCCAUUUUCCCUGCUUGUUGCACAAUUAACUCCCCUCCCUGCCUUCGUGUUCGACUUUGCCUCUUUCCGAGUGGCGUUUAUUGAUCGUCUUCUUCUAGCCAAACAACAAAUCAGCAAGAUGCAGACCUGCCAUUUGGUUAUUUUGUUUGUGCUACCUCUCUCUAUAUUGGGCUGGAACCAAAUAUCAGGCAGUGAGCUGGAAAAAGCGCUGGGUUCGGAUGGGCCAAAGUUAAUAGCAUUUUUCAAUCCAACAGAACCCAGAUCAGCGGGACUAGAAGCAGAGUGGCUUCAAGCAGCCUCGGAAGCGCCAGGGUCACUCUUGGCCGUAGACUGCUCCAACCAUGAAAACGACAACUUUUGCGCAAGCCACGCAGGCGCUAGCUACCCUGCCAUUCGUCUAUUCCAAGAUGCUAGCCCUGGAUCCAUAUAUCAAGGACCGAAGACAGCGAAACCUAUUAUCAACUUCCUAGCCCGCCACAGGCGCCCCCUCGUCUCCAAGUUGACAACCCCGGAUGAAUACUCCGCACUGCUGACGGCCGACGAGGCCGUGUUCAUCGCCUACGCACCAACUCAAGAGCAACGCGCCCUCAUCCAAUACGCUGCCGUCCGUUACCGUGACGAGUUCACCUUUGGUCUCGUCGCCAACCCGGCCCUCAUCCCCGGAGAAGCAACGGAGUCCCCCCCGAUACCCGUCGUGCUCUGCCACCGAUCCAACGAUGCCGCCACGUCUCGCCUCCCGCUCACCGAGGACUCCUCCACCCCGAAAUCUUCCGACGACCUGGCCGCCUUCAUUGAAGAAGCCAGCCGCCCCACAAUCGCCGAGCUCACAGUGAGCACCCACGCCCGCUCCCUCGCCCGCGGCGCACCGAUAGUGUACAUCUUUGCGCAAACGACUGCGGAGCGCGCGUCGCUGCGGACGAGUCUGCACCGGCUUGCGACCGGUUACCGCGACUCGCUGACCAUCGUGACGGUCAACCCGGACGAGUUCCCUGACCUGCCGGGAAAGCUGGGGCUCUGCGGGGCGGCGGCGGGCGAUGAAAUCGUCGAGGGCCGACCGGCCGGCGCGCUACACCAGCUCUCCAAGGAUAGGGUCUACCCGUACCCGCGCGGGCGGCCCGUCGACCCGCGGUCCAUCCAGCAGUGGGGUCUGGACGUGUUCCAGGGCCGCGUGAAGCCCUGGACGCCGCCGGGCGUCACCACCUCGUACGAUGACCUGGGUCCCACCCGGGUCGCGGCUGCCGCCACCAGGAAGAUCUCGAUUGCCAACAUCCCGGGCCUCAAGAUUAAGAUUGCUGGACAUAGACAGGACGAGCUUUGAGGGGAAAAGAGCAACGGUGUCGCAAAGUAGAAAAGGAUAUAACCCCGGCUAAGAGGUGUUGGGAAAGGUAGAGACGUAAAAGCUGAAUAGAAUGUCAUUCAAAGUAAAUGGAUGAUGAGUAUUAGCGGUAUCAAUGUAGUGGCUUUUUUUGUAUGUGAGGCCUUCCUU